AUGGGUGGGGAAGGAGAUUCGAAUGAGCCGCAGACCGUCGUUGAUGGCGGCGAAGGAGGAGGAGACGUCGUUUCUGUGAACGUCAGGUGCUCCAAUGGCUCCAAAUUCAGCGUCAGGACGAGCCUUGAUUCCACGGUCGAGUCUUUCAAAGCUUUGGUUGCCCAGAACUGCGACGUCCCAGCUAAUCAGCAGCGCCUGAUUUACAAGGGACGAAUCCUCAAGGAUGAUCAAACUCUCCUGAGCUACGGUAUACAAGCAGACCACGCUCUUCAUAUGGUUCGAGGCUCUGCACCUUCAUCAGCACCUCCUGCUUCAAAUGUUGGAAGCCAAGCCACGGCACCGAGUGUUACUCGAGGGGUUGGUUCCAAUGACAGCCCAAAUACCGCAGGGGAAUCUUUGUUUCCGGGGCUUGGAUUUAAUCCAUUGGGCAGUGGGAACGCCAUGCCUGGGCUGUUUGGAGCUGGUCUUCAGGAUCUCGAGCAAGCUCAGCAACAGCUUGCUCAGAACCCGAACAUGGUUAGAGACAUGAUGAACACACCAGCCAUUCAAAACCUUAUGAACAACCCGGAGCUAAUGAGGACCCUGAUCAUGAGCAACCCUCAGAUGCGUGAGCUUGUAGAUCGCAACCCUGAGCUCGGACAUAUACUUAACGACCCAAGCAUCCUUAGACAAACUUUGGAAGCUGCGAGAAACCCCGAGCUUAUGCGCGAGAUGAUGCGGAAUACUGAUAGAGCGAUGAGUAACAUCGAAUCUAGCCCCGAAGGGUUUAACAUGCUUAGGCGUAUGUAUGAAAACGUCCAGGAACCGUUGAUGAACGCUACAACGAUGUCCGGAAAUGCUGGAAACAAUGCCGAUUCUAAUCCGUUUGCUGCUCUCCUGGGGAACCAGGGCGCUGCACAAGGCAGAGAUGCUUCUAACAAUCCCACGACAACUAAUGCUGAAACAGGCACAGUGAAUGCUGUGCCGAAUACAAAUCCACUUCCAAAUCCUUGGGGCGCUGCGGCUGGUCAGACAACUGCGCCUGGAAGGACGAACUCGGGUGGGGAUACUAGAGCUCCUGGCCUUGGUGGCCUCAGUGGUCUUGCUGGACUUGAAGGUCUUGGUGGACUGGGAAUACUGGGUGGGGAUCCAACGGUUGGUGCUACUCCAGAUGCCUCACAAAUGAACCAGUUUUUGCAAAAUCCAGCCAUGUCACAGAUGAUGCAAAGCUUACUUUCGAACCCACAGUACAUGAAUCAGAUCAUGAGUCUCAACCCACAACUCAGAAGCUUGAUGGAUUCAAGUCCUCAGGUGAGGGAAAUGAUGCAGAACCCAGAGUUUCUUCGUAUGCUUAGCUCCCCUGAGGCAAUGCAGCAAAUGAUGACGCUGCAGCAAUCACUUUUCUCUGGGAAUAGGAAUACAACCAGCCAGGUUCCAGGGCAAACAGGUGCUACCACAGGAACAGGGAAUAACGGGGGGCUGGAUUUGUUGAUGAAUAUGUUUGGCAGUCUUGGUGCUGGCGGCUUAAGUGGUGCGAACCAGUCCAAUGUUCCUCCGGAAGAGCUUUACGCCACACAAUUGCAACAGCUCGAGGAAAUGGGUUUCUUCGACAGAGCAGAGAACAUUAGGGCGUUGCGUGCAACCAACGGCAACGUUAACGCUGCUGUAGAAAGACUCUUGGCGAGUUUCGGCCAGUGA